CCGGCGGGCGGRGCGGCGCGGGCGGGCAGCCGCGCGGCGGCACGGCCAUGAACGCGGCGGUGGUGCGGCGGACGCAGGAGGCGCUGGGCAAGGUGAUCCGCAGGCCGCCGCUGACGGAGAAGCUGCUGAGCAAGCCCCCGUUCCGCUACCUGCACGACAUCGUCACGGAGGUGAUUAGGACCACUGGGUUCAUGAAGGGCCUCUACACAGAUGUUGAGAUGAAGUCAGAUAACGUCAAGGAUAAAGAUGCAAAAAUUAGCUUCCUCCAGAAGGCCAUAGAUGUGGUCGUGAUGGUUUCAGGAGAGCCUUUGUUGGCAAAACCAGCCCGAAUCGUGGCCGGGCACGAGCCUGAAAGAACAAACGAGCUGCUUCAGAUAAUUGCAAAGUGCUGCAUUAACAAGCUCUCCAGCGAGGAUGCAGUGCGGAGAGUUCUGGCUGGAGAGAAGGCGGACGCGAGAGGAAGGGCCUCCCGGACCUCCAAGCCUCACGAGUCGGACAAUAAGAAUGUGAGGGAAGACGACUCGAGAGCUCACAGAGAUAGAGAGGAUAGAAGAAAUUCAGAAGUAAAAGAGAGAAGUACAAGCAGAGAUGGAAAACAGAGAGAAGAACUGAAAGAAGAAAGCAAAUCAAGAGAAAAAGAAAGGGACAAGGAGAAGAUGAAGGACAGUGACCGAGACCGACACAAAGACGCGGAGAGAGACAAGUACCGGGAAGGGGAGAAGGAGAAAAGCAGAAGCAGGGCCAGGCAGGAGCGAGAGAGGGACAGAGACAGAGGCAACAAGGACAGAGACGCAGACCGGGACAAGGAGCGGGAGAGGAGGGGCGAGGCAGGGCGCGAGAAGGAGCGGCACCGGGAGCGCGACCGCGACCGCGACCGCGACAAGGGCAAGGACCGGGAGCGGCGGAGAGCGAGAAACGGGGAGCACUCCAGGGACCCCGACAGGGAGAAGAACCGAGAGCAGGAGAAGCUGGAGAGAAAGUCAGCAAGUUCAGGGGAGAUAUCUAAGAAGUUUUCAGAUGGAUCCUUUAAAGACUCCAAGGCGGAAACAGAGGCUGAGAUUUCCACCACAGCGUCCCGGUCAUUGACAUCAAAAACAUCAAAACGACGAUCCAAGACUUCAGUGGAAGGAACCAAAGAAACCAUUACUAASUCAACUAGUGUUUCAGAUGAUAACUCCACUACUCUGUGGCGUGAGAGCGUUGAGCCCGACCCAGCAGUAAAGCAGAAAGGUGACUCCAUCAGUGAUGCAGAAGGAGACACUGGAGCUACUGGCCAAGAUAAAUCCGAGGUGUGCGAGAAUCCAGAAGCCCCCAGCGAGCUGUCCUCCAAUGUCAGAAGAAUACCUCGACCUGGCAGUGCUAGACCGGCGCCUCCCCGGGUCAAACGGCAAGAGAGCGUGGAGACCUUGGUGACGGACAGGACAGGGAGUGGUAAAACCGUCUCAAAUGUGAUUAUAGAUUCACAGAAUUCAGACAAUGAAGAUGAUGAUCAGUUUGUGGUGGAGGCUGCCCCUCAGAUCUCCGAAAUGUCCGAAAUUGAAACGGUGCCAGCGCUGGAGCUGGAGGACAGCGAGAAGCACGCUGCCGCCGGCUCAGCCUGCCGUGACCUGCUCCUGGCUGUUUUGAGAUCCAGAGAAGGUGUUUCCUCUGUACCUAUGUUGUGUGGACUUGUGAAAAAAAUUUUGGAGACUAAGAAAGAUUAUGAGAAGUUGCAGCAAUCACCCAAACCUGGAGAGAAGGAGAAAUCCUUUGUCUUUGAGUCAGCAUGGAAGAAGGAGAAGGAUAUUGUUUCCAAGGAGAUCGAGAAGCUCCGAGUGUCCAUUCAGACCUUGUGUAAGAGCGCGCUUCCUCUGGGAAAGAUUAUGGACUACAUCCAGGAAGAUGUGGACGCCAUGCAGAACGAACUGCAGCUGUGGCACACGGAGAACAAGCAGCAUGCAGAGGCCCUGCAGAAGGAGCAGAGUAUCACGGACUGUGCCGUGGAACCCCUGAAGGUCGAGCUGGCUGAGCUGGAGCAGAUGAUCAAGGACCAGCAGGACAAGAUCUGUGCUGUGAAGGCCAACAUUCUCAAGAACGAAGAGAAAAUCCAGAAGAUGGUGUACAGUAUCAACUUGACGUCGAGAAGGUGAAUGCCGAGGAUUCCAGGGAGGAAGUGCUGUGUCCGCAUGGCCCGCCAUCGCGAGGAAGUACUGUGGGCUGCGUGGCCGUCGGGAAGCUU